UAUUAUAUUGUUUCUCAGUUGCGUCGAGUCCUCUUUGUAAGCCAAAACCCUAGAGCGAGUGUGCAGGCGGAGGAACACUACCAUGGGGGCUUAUAAGUACGUGUCGGAGCUAUGGAGAAAGAAACAAUCCGAUGUGAUGAGGUUUCUGCAGAGGGUUAGGUGUUGGGAGUACCGCCAGCUGCCUUCGAUUGUCCGAGUAACUCGACCCACCCGCCCCGACAAGGCUCGCCGGUUGGGUUACAAGGCGAAACAGGGUUAUGUGAUCUAUCGUGUCCGAGUUAGACGUGGUGGUCGCAAGAGACCUGUGCCAAAGGGUAUUAUGUAUGGUAAGCCAACAAACCAAGGUAUCACCCAGCUGAAGUUUCAGCGCAACAAGAGGUCAGUUGCAGAGGAACGAGCUGGUCGGAAAUUGGGUGGCUUGAAGGUGCUCAACUCAUAUUGGAUCAAUGAGGAUUCUACCUAUAAGUAUUAUGAGAUCAUUUUGGUGGAUGCUGCCCAUAAUGCAAUCCGCAAUGACCCAAGAAUCAACUGGAUAUGUAAGCCUGUGCACAAGCAUAGGGAACUUAGAGGUCUCACCUCUGCAGGGAAGAAGUACAGGGGUCUCCAUGGAAAGGGGCAUUUGCACCACAAGGCACGACCUUCCCGAAGGGCUACCUGGAAGAGGAACAAUACCCUCUCUCUUCGUCGCUACCGUUGAUCCUACUACCUGCUUUUCUUGUUGCUCCUGGAUUUUCAUAUUACUUGUUCUUGUUUCUUUAGCAUGCGGAAAAAAUUUUGGGACAUGUUCAGUUUGGAAGCUUUUAGACAUUUCAUGCAUAUUAGUUGCGUUUUAACACCUUUUCAUUUCAUUGAAUGCUUUUUGAUGCUUGGGAUACUUGCGUUGCGUCUAAUUCUGUUUUGAAAAGUAGAAUUGGACUAAGGUGAAGAUGAGAUUGUUUGGUUAGAAAAUAAGAGAAAAACAGGUGUUAUUUUGAGCAUUUUA